ACACUAGCAAACAAGCAGCAGGCGGCCGGGCGGGCGAGGACGCCGCAGGGGUGCUCCCGCGCGGCCGCGAUACACGCAUUGAUACGUUUGGACCGCAUCGUCGCGCCUGCGUAACAGUUGUGCCGCCUAGGAGCGCUUGCCAGCAGCUCCUCAACUGCGACCAGUGUGGUACAGCCGCACAGACGCCGCGGCAGAAGCUGUGCAUGGGAAGGGCUAAGCAUCGCAAGCUCAAGAAAGCCGGUACGAAAACACUGGUGUCCCUGGACAAAAAGCUGCCGAGCCGGCGCCCGCCCGAGCACAAGCGAUUCCGAGAGCAGCAGAUAGCCAAAGAGAAGAUGGCGAAGAAAAAGCGAAAGGCCCCCGGGAGCCACCCGCCGAUCAAGAGCCACGGCGACCUGCCGACGCCGAAGCAGCGCAGCCCCGCCGCCGAGGAGCGCCGCGCGGCCAAGCAGGAGAAGAAGCGCGCGAAGAAGCAGGCGAAGCGCGAGGCCGCGCGGUCGCCGGCCGCCGCCGCCGAGGCGCCCAUGGCGCCGGCCGCGGCACCUGCACAACCGCCGGCGACGCCCAAGCCCCUGUCCAACUGGCUCGGGAAGUUUUUGAGCACGCCGCGGUCUACCGAUAUAAUUGACGCCUCGGGGCUCGAGGACGCUCCGAUGGACGACACGUACAUGCGCGGCUUCGCGGACCGCUGCCGGCAGGAAUCAAAACCGGAGGCGCACGACUCGUCCGACGACGAGUCCGUCCACGUGCCGCCGGCGCCGCCCGUCCAGGAGACGUUUUCCGUGUUCGUGGCCAACGUGCCCUUCGCCGUAAGUGAAGCGCAGGUCCGCGCGGUGUGCGCCGAGCCGGGCGGCCUCGUGGACUUCGACCUGCCUUUAUGUAGAGCCGGCGCGAACGCGGGGCGGCCCGCGGGCUACGCCAUCUCUGCCUAUGCGUCGCGCGACGCGGCGGAAAGGGCGGUCGAGGCGCUGGACGGCCGCGACUUCCUCGGGCGGGAGCUGAGGGCCAAGUUGGAUGAGGAGGGCACGACCACCAAUGGGCGAGCGUCGCCACCGUCCACGAGACGGAAGCCCCCCCAGAAGCGGCCGCGCUACUUCGACGACGGGGGCGACGGCGCGAGACCGGCGCGCCAGUCGAACGUCAUGCGCUGCUUCCUCUGCGCCUCGGACGCGCAUCUGGCGGAGGCCUGCCCGAACCAGCUUUGUAGGAGGUGCCGCCGGCCGGGCCACGUCGCGCGGGACUGCCGGAACCCGCCGCGGCCGAUGCCGGAGCUCUGCACGGCCUGCGGCGCCGUGGGCCACUCGUGGAAGUGGUGCGAGGCCGGCGACGGGGAAGCUAGAUUGUCCGACGGCGCGACGUGCAUGGUCUGUGGGCGCGAGGGCCACCUGAUCUGCGGUGCCGUCGCGGGGCCGUCGACGCACGACGUCUACUGCGCGUGGUGCGCGCGCGCGGGGCACACGGAGCCGUCGUGCCCCAUGAAGCAGGCGGGCGGGCGGCGGUCGCCGACGGGGAGUAGGUUCUAAGUUUGUAUAUCGCGA